AGGAGGGUGGUGUAUGCAUAGAAUUAUCAUGGACACAGUGUGGGGGGGCCCAUCUGUCUCCCAAAAGGAAGACAGAAUAAUUGAGCGACACAGCUUAUCUUCUGAUGGGAUAUUGCAUCAGGUUAACUUCACCCCAGUCUCAGUCUCUUUCAAUUACCAAACCCUAGUCUCUUCUCUCUUUACUGCUAAUCCUCAUCUCUUUUCCUCUUUCUGUGCUCUCCGGAAACUUUUGUAGAUGGUGGCAUAGCUGCCUAUACUGAAGUUUUAACUCCGGCGUUUUUGAUUGACAAGGGCAGUGAUUCAUCUGCUCCCUGUAAUGCAAGCUAUCCCCUCUUUCUUCUCUCUUUGGCUCAACUUUAGUCCUUUUUUCCUUUGAUUUCCCGAAAGCUAUGGAGUUCCUGAGCUCAAUCGUGGGUCUGAUCCCCUGCUUCUAUGAUCACACCUCCAAGCAUACGGUCUACAUUCGUGAUCUAAAACAAAAUCUCCAAGCCUUGAGGAAGGAAAUGGCGGAGCUCAACAACUUGUAUGAAGAUGUGAAGGCAAGGGUUGAAGGUGCAGAGCAACGACAGAUGAUGCGCAGAAAGGAAGUGGGUGGCUGGAUCUGUGAAGUAGAAGUCAUGGUGACAGAAGUUCAAGAAAUUCUGCAAAAGGGUGAUCAAGAAAUCCAGAAGAGAUGUCUCGGAUGCUGUCCCAGGAAUUGUUGGUCUAGCUACAAGAUUGGGAAGGCAGUAAGCGAAAAGCUGGUUGCUGUAUCUGGUCAAAUCGGCAAAGGACAUUUCGAUGUUGUAGCCGAGAUGCUGCCUCGUCCUCUAGUAGAUGAACUGCCCAUGGAGGAGACUGUGGGCUCAGAAUUGGCGUAUGGCAGAAUCUGUGGGUUUCUCAAAGAUCCACAAGUGGGAAUUAUGGGAUUAUAUGGAAUGGGCGGUGUGGGCAAAACCACCCUCUUGAAGAAAAUCCACAAUAACUUCCUCCCUACAUCCAGCGAUUUUGAUGUUGUGAUUUGGGAUGUGGUGUCAAAACCGUCCAACGUUGAAAAAAUUCAGAAAGUUCUUUGGAAUAAAUUACAACUCUCACGUGAUGGAUGGGAAUGUAGAAGCACUAAGGAGGAGAAGGCUGCCGAAAUAUUGAGAGUUUUGAAAACAAAGAAGUUCGUGUUGCUGUUGGAUGACAUCUGGGAGCGACUCGAUCUCCUAGAAAUGGGGGUCCCCCAUCCCGAUGCUCAAAAUAAGUCCAAGAUAGUUUUCACAACCCGCUCACAGGAUGUGUGCCGCCAAAUGCAAGCUCAGAAGAGUAUAAAAGUGGAGUGUUUGUCAUCAGAAGCGGCUUGGACUUUGUUUCAGAAGAAGGUAGGAGAAGAAACAUUAAAGUUUCAUCCACAUAUACCGAGGCUUGCAAAGAUUGUUGCUGAAGAGUGCAAAGGUUUACCUCUCUCUUUGGUUACUGUUGGGCGAGCCAUGGUGGGUGAGAAAGAUCCCUCAAAUUGGGACAAGGUAAUACAAGAUUUGAGCAAAUUUCCAGCUGAAAUUUCAGGUAUGGAAGAUGAAUUGUUUAAUAGAUUAAAAGUGAGUUAUGAUAGAUUGUCUGACAAUGCCAUCAAAUCUUGUUUUAUACAUUGUUCCUUAUUCUCUGAAGAUGUGGUGAUUCGUAUUGAAACCCUUAUAGAGCAGUGGAUUGGAGAGGGACUUUUGGGUGAAGUUCAUGACAUAUAUGAAGCGCGCAAUCAAGGGCAUAAAAUUGUUAAAAAGCUAAAGCAUGCAUGUUUAGUGGAGAGUUACGGUUUAAGAGAAAAAUGGGUUGUGAUGCAUGAUGUGAUCCACGACAUGGCUUUAUGGUUAUAUGGUGAAUGUGGGAAGGAAAAGAACAAAAUUUUAGUAUACAAUGAUGUUUUUAGGCUGAAGGAAGCUGCAGAAAUUUCAGAACUUAAAGAGACGGAGAAGAUGUCAUUGUGGGAUCAGAAUCUUGAGAAGUUCCCUGAAACAUUGAUGUGUCCCAAUCUCAAGACUUUAUUUGUGAGGAGAUGUCAUCAGUUGACGAAAUUUUCGAGUGGAUUCUUUCAAUUUAUGCCUCUAAUUAGAGUUUUGAAUUUGGCGUGCAAUGAUAAUUUAAGUGAGUUACCUACUGGGAUUGGUGAAUUGAAUGGCUUGAGAUAUCUUAAUUUGUCAUCCACAAGAAUAAGAGAGUUGCCCAUUGAGCUAAAAAAUUUGAAAAAAUUGAUGAUUUUGCAUCUGAAUUCUAUGCAAUCCCCUGUAACUAUCCCACAAGACUUGAUAUCAAAUCUCAUAUCUUUAAAGUUUUUCAGCCUGUGGAAUACCAAUAUUUUAAGUGGAGUUGAAACCUUGCUUGAGGAGUUGGAGUCCUUGAAUGACAUCAAUCAGAUAAGAAUCAACAUAUCUAGUGCUCUUUCAUUGAACAAAUUAAAGAGAAGCCACAAAUUACAGAGGUGUAUAAGCGAUCUAGGGUUACAUAAUUGGGGGGAUGUAAUCACACUUGAACUAUCAUCUUCAUUUUUAAAAAGAAUGGAGCAUUUAGGAGCGCUUCAUGUACACGAUUGCGAUGAUGUGAAUAUAAGUAUGGAAAGAGAAAUGACACAAAAUGAUGUUAUUGGUCUCUCGAACUACAACGUUGCAAGGGAGCAAUACUUUUAUAGCCUUCGUUUCAUAGUAAUAGGAAAUUGUUCAAAAUUGUUAGACUUAACAUGGGUUGUUUAUGCUUCAUGUCUAGAAGCACUUUAUGUUGAAGAUUGUGAAUCAAUAGAACUAGUACUACAUGAUGAUCAUGGAGCUUAUGAAAUUGUGGAAAAAUUGGACAUAUUUUCAAGGCUCAAAUACCUCAAGCUCAAUAGACUGCCAAGAUUGAAGAGCAUCUACCAGCAUCCUCUGCUCUUUCCCUCGCUUGAAAUCAUCAAGGUGUAUGAUUGCAAAAGCUUAAGGAGCCUCCCAUUCGAUUCCAACACUUCGAACAACAAUCUUAAGAAAAUUAAAGGAGAGACAAAUUGGUGGAAUCGGUUGAGGUGGAAAGAUGAAACUAUCAAGGACUCUUUUACUCCAUAUUUCCAAGUCGACAAAGCUGAAGCAUAUUUUGCAGAGGAGUCCGAAACUAGCAGCAUAGAUGAUGAUAUGCAGGAACAGCUGGUAUCAAAUUAAUUUCUAUCCAUCUUUCAGGGUUGGGGCUGGUUCUAGCAGUUCUGGCAACAGCCGGGUUUUCAUUUCUCUUCUAUUGUUAAUUUGUUGAGGCCGGUGCAGUGUGGUGGGUCUGAAGCUGCUGCUGGGUCAAUGCGGAUGUGAUAUGGGAAUGCUUUUGGAUCUUUGGGCUUCAGCAGGUUGAUUAUGUUUCCUCUGCUUACAAAUGUUUUAUCACCAGAUCCUAUGUGGAGAUGGGAUGGAUUGUUGUGAUGGUGUGUGUAUGUGAUAUAAUCCCACUGUCAAGUGUAUCGUCCAUAAUGGUUGUGGAUUGAAAUGUUUUGUGAGAAAAACUGGUUGAUUUUAACA